GGCCUGUCAAUGACCUACAUGCCCACAAUUAUUGCACUGAAUGAUUUCUUCAGAGAAAAAUUCGUUUUGGUGAACACAGUCACGCUGUACGGCUACACCGCUGGAUCCAUGCUGCUCCCUAUUGUAAUGGAAAGGUCAUUCGAAGCGUAUGGCUAUGUAGGUGCGUUUAUUAUCCUUGGCGGUAUCGCUUUUAACCUUGUCGCGUGCGGUGCAACAAUAAACAAGGCACCAAUAAACGCAGCUACAAAUGGAGGCAACGGUUAUAAUGAAGUGAAUGAGAAACAGAAGUGUCUCUCUGAAGGAGAAUCCUCGAAGCAAACAGAAAGCAUCCAUUAUCAGGAGGAGGAUGAGGAAGAAGAAAAAGAGGAGGAGGAGGAGGAAGAGGAUAGUGAAGAGUGCGUCUUGGAGGAAAGACGUUUGAUUCAAAACGAGAGACGUAAUAUCAAUAAACAGGACACAUCACCGAAUGCGCGCUCAUCUUGGACAAGCUCCGUCUUUCAAACCGGCAAACCUUCCUGUGGACUAUUAAACGAACCACUCUUUCUCUUCGCCAUCCCGAUUCAUUUCUUGUUAAUAUUCUCCACUUAUGCGUGGAUGCUGUUUCUGGUCCCCCACGCUGUACACCUGGGAAUCCCUCCUUCCAAAGCAAUCUUCCUCUCCACAAUUGGCGGCAUAGGUGGCAUCAUCGGUCGGACCAUGUUAAUCAUCCUCGUCGGCAAAGGCAUCAAUGUUUAUGUCGUCUACAUCGCCAUAGGCUUUUUCGGCACGGCAUCAUUUAUGCUGGACUUCAUCAGUUCUGCUUACGCGGUGCGGGCUUCCUUGGCUUUUGUCCAAGGUUUCACCUUCUACACCGAGGAUGCUAUUGCGGGCAGUUUAUUCAAAGAUACAGUAUUUGACAAUCGGAAUUUUAACAUGGCCAUGGCUCUCAGUUUAUUCGCGGAAGGACUAGGGGCGACAUGUGCAGGAACACUUACAGGUUAUCUGUUUGAUGUCACCCAGUCAUUCACGAAGGUGUUCAUCAUUGUCGGCUUCAUCCACGCCGUCAUGGUCGUUCAUCUCUUCAUCGUAUCAAUCCUCAUCAAGAGACGACGACAAGAUAGCAGUUGUGGUUGUGAUCGCUGAGGUUGAAGCAGAAACUUCCCCAUAUCCUCCUUCCUUUUGAAAUCUUUCAGGGAGGUGCCCUGAAGACGUUAAUACCGACCAACCUAUUGCUUUCAUGACAUUGGUUACUAAUGGCUAUUAGUA